AAAUGUUUUUUUCAAUAAUAUCACAAUAUUAUCAUUUUCUAAAUAUUAUGAAUAUACGUAUAUCCAUGAAAUAACCCAACAAAAACAUUCAAAAAUUCAAAACAGAAGAAUGACAAAAAUAAUAUUAUGUGACCACGAAUAAAGAUCUACUGGUUGCCAACGGGCUAUAAGCGUUAUCACAUGGCAAUUAAAAUUACUCUUAAGAACAGCUGCUUAACCUAUAAUUUAUAUCAUCGUAAAUAAUGAAUAUUGAUUAUUGGAUAAAUUGAAAUAGAUAGAAGGUAGGUUGAAUUGUAUUUUAAUUUUUACUAUUAGAAUUAUUUAUAAUUCAUUUCUCUAAUGUGUGUAGUUAGUUUAGCAUAAUUUUCUAAAUUUUGCUUGUAACUUUAACAAGAAUUUAAAAAAUUACUAUUCAAAACUUUACGUUAUUAUUAAAAUACAUAAAUUAAUUUUUGACAAAAAUAUUUAUAAAAAAUAAACUACUCAAAUCAAUUGCUUGUAAUUGAUAAAUGUUUAUAUGGCAUUUAGUAAUAUUUCAUAUUUUAUGCAACAUUGAAUAUUAGGUAUAAACUUAGAAAUACAAAAAUAUUACAAUCAUAUAUAGAUCUUUAUCCUUAGUAAAAAACAUUAAAUAAAAUAUUUAUAAUCAAACAUAAUUAAUCUAUUGUGAGAUACUGGAUAAUACUUGUAUAUAUUAUAUCAUUUUUAGAGCAAAUUAAAUUUGGUCCAGUAUUUUUUAAAAUAUUAAAAUGAAUUUUGUAAGGUGUUAUAAAAAUUGAUUUAAAAUAGAAAAUAAAUUUAGAUAACUCACAUACCUACUAAUUAAGUUCUUAAAAUAAUUUUUUUAUGAAAAAUGAAUACUUAAAAAUCUAUCUCAUUAUAUAUGUAUGGUUUUGAAAUAAUUAUUUUUUAACAAUACAACCGUCCUGUAUAUAAAUCAAGUUUACUUAAAUUAUUAAAUAAUCUAUUUGAUUAUAUUUAUAACCUUUUAUAAUACUGGGCGUGGCAUUAAUUAUCAUUUAUUUCUGUAUAAUAGUCUUUAAGUGAAUAACUAAACCAAAUUAUAUUAGGUACCUACCUAUUUUUAUGGUUUCAAAAUUAUAAGGUUUUUUUUUUUAAGAUGGCUCAAACCUACAAUACAGUUAUCAUCAUUGGAGCAGGUAUAUCAGGAAUCGCAGCAGCUACUAAACUACUAAAAAACCAAUUCAACAAUUUUAUAAUUUUGGAAGCCGAAAAUAGAAUUGGUGGGCGCAUUCAAACUUUACCAUUUGGUGGUAAUUAUUAUAAUUUGUUUAAUCACAUUUUAAAAUUAAGUAAAUCGUGUAAAGCAAGCCAUUAUUAAAUAAAAUUUAAUAUUGUAUUUAAUAUUAUUAUUAUUCACAAUUUAAUUUUAUAAAAACAAUUUAUUAUAAAUAUUUAGUUAAAAUUAUUAGAAUUCAUUAAUUUUCAUAAAACACUUAAAAUUUAAAAUUUCAAGUACCAACUCAUAUUUGUUAAAUAGUUAAAGUAAUAUAAAUAACUUUUUGGUUUUCUUAAAAUACAAAAUAUAAUUAAUAUAGUUGGAUGUAAUACCUUUUUUUUCAAUGCAUUCAAAGUGUCAACCUAUGAACCUACUAAAUUGUGUUUUAGGUAGAAAUUUGGUAAUUACCCUAUAAUAAUAUGUAUUGUGCAUACCUACAAACUUAUAGCUUUGCUUAUAUAGAUUUCGAUCAAUUGUUAAAUAUAUUAAACUUAAAACAUUUGUACUUAAAUUUAUUCAGCAAUAUAAUUAACUAUAUAGGUAUACAUUAUAUUAUAUACCUAAAUCUAUGUAUUUAGUAUAAAAAUGUGUUAAAAUAAUCCAUAAAAUAAUGUUAUGUUAAUUGUACCUAUACAAAUAUUCCAAACAUUUUUAAUUAACAUGUAUAUGAAUUUUAAUAAUUGUGAACAUCUAUUAUUACUGUUUACUCAUAACUUAUUUCAAUUUUAAUUUUCUGAUUAAGUAAAUCUACCUAAUCAAAAGUUUUGCAAUAUAAUAAAACUUCAAGAAUUUUAAAUGUAUACACUUCAUAAUACUGACUUGAUCACUAAUUUAUUAUAUGUUAUAAUUUUAAAACCCAUAUGAAAAUAUGAUCAACAUAUUUAUAUUUAAUGAAUACUUAUAAAUUGUUUUUAAAAUAUUUGACUAUUAAAAUAAGCUAAUUUUAAUGUUUUAUAGUAUAUUUUGUUUUAUAAGAUUAUACAGAUCUGGAUACAUCAACAGUAUAUAAUAAGUACCAUAGACGUAUACAUCUAGACAGAAUAUUCACUAUGAGGGCUGGGAGACAUGGUCAGUCCAAACAGUUUGUGUGAGAUAGACCAAUGUAUAGACUAGUGGGAGGUAGUACAACUUUGCACUCUAAGAAUAGCCAAUUAAAAUACUCAAAUUAUUAUCUCAUUUGUUUCUGUCCUCAAAAUUGUUUUCAUGCUAAGUAUACUGUGUAGAUGUAAAAGUCUGGUUAGUACACUUCUCUGAUUUGUAUCAUAUAUUUCAUUGAGUCCCGUCAUAGUUUAUGAACUUCUAGUAUCAAUAUUGCAUUUUAUCUUCUGUUCCUUAACUACCGAUGUACAGUCUGACAGACCAUAUCUAAUAAUUACAAAAAAAAAAAAACAAAUUUUAAAAGAAAAUUAAUUUUUUUUUUUAUAAAAUAUAUUAUAUUAUAUAUUAUUAUUAACAUAUUAAUGUUAAAGGAUAAACUGAAAAAUAAAAUUUGAAUUUUGUUUAAUUGUGACUCAAAUAUAUUUUUAUUUACACAUACAAGUAUGUACGGCUGGUAGACUGCACACUGGUAACUAUGUUAUAAAUGUGCAUGUUGGUAGUUAAGAGUUAAUUAGAUUUACAAAAUAAUUAGUUUAAUACAAGUUAGUAUUGUUCCAAACAACAUUAUUACUAUUAUUAAAUCAGUUUUUUAUCAUAAGGUUUAAACUUAAAUUCAAUGCUAUCAAUGAAUUUUUGUUUCUUGUACAAUUUUAGAUGGUCACAUAGAUCUGGGAGCCCAAUGGAUUCAUGGGGAACAAGGGAAUAUAGUUUUCCAAAUGGCUUCUGCUCAUAAUUUAAUUUCUCAUAAAAGAGAAACUAUAGAGCAAUUUAUGAAAUCAACAUUUAUAACCUCAUCUGGUAAUGAAAUUGAAUCAAGCAAUCUCCAUGAGAAAUUGAAUGUAUUUAAUUCUGUGUUGGAAGAUAGCCCAAAAGAUGAUUUAGAAAGAUUUAUGUCUUUAGCAGAGCUUUUUCAAAAAAGGUAUUGUUAUAUUUUUAUAAAUAUUAUUUAGGUACUUAUUAUAUUGCUUUAAAAUAGACAUGAAGUUAUAAUUAUAUAAUUUAUAGAGUUGAAAAUGUAACAAUUGAUGCACAAGAAUUACCACUUCAGCAGUUAUUUAAUUGGAUCCAUCAUUUUCAAAGUUCAUAUACUGGAAGUGAUAAUCUGUCUGAGGCAUCAGCGAUUAAUAUAGACACAUAUAAGUCUUGUUCAGGAUAUACAUCAAUUAGUUGGAAAUCGAAAGGAUAUUCAACCAUUAUAGAUUUGUUACAAGUAUGGACAUUUUAGAUUUUGAGCGGAGCGAAGAAUAUAUUAGUUUUACUAUGUGUGUUAAUUUUUCUCUUUUCUAUCUGUAUCAAAUUUUUUGAUCAGAAAUCUUGCCUCGAUCAUAAAUUGAUACUGCACUUGAUUUUGUCUAGUGGUGCAUUGGAGAGAUCAUUUUUUAUGUUCCUUGUUUUUUUUAAAUAUAUAAUUCAGUUAGAAAUAGUUGUUAAGACCUAAAAUUUACAUAAAAUAUUUCUAGACGUACAUUUUUAAAAUUUUCUGCUGAUUUUUUAGCUAUUUAUAGUCAUUCAAAUUGUCAAAUUCAUUUUAGUUUUUAUUUGGUGUUAUCAUUUUAUGUGGAUAACAUUUUUUUGACUGAGUAAAAAGGCAACAUGUUGAGUGUAAUAUAGAAAUAAUUUGUUUAUAACUGCUUAACCUUAAAAAUCAUGGUAUUUCAAAACACGUUUAAUUGAACUUAACCAAGAAUCGUUUUUCAUUAGUAAUGAUUAGGAUGCAAAUUUAUAUGCUAAAAAAAUCUUAGAAAUAUAAAUGUAUGCUAUUAUUUUGUAGAAAUAUACAUUUUAAAAUGAAACGCAUACAAAAAAAAAUAAAUUUAAAAAAACAUAAAUUUUAACUUAUUAUUUCUAUCAUUAUGUUUAAUAUUAAUUUAACCAAAUUAUUACAUAUUAUGUAUUUUUUUUUCGUAUUUAAACCAACAGCAGUGAGGGAUCUGUUUUCAUAAUACUUCUUCAGUGCUCCCAUCAUUUAUUAGUUAUCGUUUAUAAAAUAUACUUGUAAUUAAGUAAUAUUUUAAAAUUCUGUUUUCCCCUUUGUGGGAUAGGCUCACAUUGAACUUAAAAAUACUAAUUAAUACGAAGAUUUGGAUUGAGCAUAGUACCUCGCAUCAUUCAUAUACAAAUACUAACCUAUACGUACGACCUUAAACCGACAGCGAAAUCCCCAUCAGAGUGGACUAUCAUGUUGGAGAACAUCAGAUUGACUGAACUGUAGUGAUGUUAUUAAUCUUCAGAUGGCUGGUAGGCCUUGCUUAAAGCUUCUUGUCCUCUUGCCCUGUUCCUUACGACACAGUAUGCCCUCUACUAUGUCGUAGAAAAACUGUGUGCUGCGGAUUGAAGCGGAAAAGAAUUGGUGAUGUCUGCCACGAUAAUAAAAGAGGUCAGAUGGAUCGUGAAGAAGGUCCUGAACGUUGCUGGGAAUAAUGCUCCUGUUGACAAAGAACGCUUUGACUGCCUGUCGAUUAGGUUCCCAGUUAGGGGCAGUCAAUGAACGUGUGCUCUGCAGUGUCCUCAGGGUGCUGACAGUACAGACGCUCUGUAUUUGGAGUACGCCCCAUGCAAAAUUGGUAGUGCCUGAAGCACCCAUAACCUGAUAGAGCCUGGGUGACAUGGAAGAUAAUGUCUUGAAGUCAUCUCAUUACCCAAUUCUUCAGGUCCGGCAGUAUUCUGUGUGUCCAGACAGGGUUGCUUGCGUAGUCCCACCUGUUAAUUAAUCCAAGCAUUAAGCACAAUGUUGUGCUGAACUCUCCAGAUGUCUGAAGCUGUUUCAGUUCUACCUGUGUGGCCCAUCUUUAACCGAUUCUGCUUCAUCUCUAGGAUGAUGAGAUCUCCAGGAAUUUCAGCAACGAAUAGAGCCGGGUCGGCAGAUACGGAGUGGUAGGCUCGCACAACCCUGAGUGCCACUGUUCUCUGGGCCUUAAUCAUAAACUUACGGCAGGUGGUAUACUUGGUGCACUAAUGAACCAUGUUGGCACAGCAUAAAACAACCUGCUGUUGACCACAAACAUGAGAAGACCCUCCCAAUUUUAUCAUAAAGUGUCCAAUGGCGAGAGUGGCGUGUGACGCCUUGCUCGAGAUUGUGCAGAGGUGGCCACCUAAGGUGUGAUGUCAGUCCAGAUGGAGUCCAAGGUAAUGCGGAUUUCUUUUGAUAGAAUCCAUGUGACCUCCAACCGUGAGCAAUGGGUUAUGAAAGACCCAUUUUUUGGUCAGUAUAUUGGCCUUGGUCUUAUAAUGGGCCAAUUGAAGUACAUGUUUCUCAAUCCAGGUGUCGAUAAACCUUUAGCAUGGUGAUAAUGACCUCAAACAUGGCAUCAGAUAUUCUGGGCGACGGUCCGGAGCACCAUAUUGUCUGCAAAACUCAAUAAGCUGAACUCCCCCAGAACGUCGAGAUUGAAGAGGUUGUCAUAGAAGGCGUUCCACAGUGUCGGCCCAAGAACCGAGUUCUGGGGUACGCCACCUUUAACUGAUCUGAUAGAGUUAGAACUAUCAGACAAGAAUAUAAAUCCCGGCCCUAGUAAUGAUUUAUCAUUGUGUAUAUAUAUAAAUUAAAUUAAUCUAUGUAUCCUACCUAACCAGCUAUACACCUAUAACAAUAGCACAUAUAUCAGCAGUAUCAGCACUUUUUUAUACAUUAUUUUUAUAAUAUAGUAAUAAAUAUAUACAUUUAGUUGUAAUUAAUAAUAAUUAUAAAAAUAUUUUAGGAAAAAUUUAGUGAUGAAUUUGAACAUAUAUGUAUUAAAGAUAAAGUCAUAUUUGGAAAGGAAGUUGUUAAAAUAUAUUGGUCAGGUGAUCAAGCAAAAGUACUUUGUGCUGACAAUAGCAGUUUUAAAGCACAAUGUGUUUUAUCUACAAUGGGCCUUGGAGUUUUAAAAAAUGUAUGUAAUGAAUUAUUUGAACCUGAACUUCCUGAAUAUAAAUUAAACGCUAUAAAAGUAAGGAACAUUAAUAUUUUUAUUUAUAUUAGUCAAUCAAGUGUAUAUAAAUAUAUAAUCUUUAGGAAGUAAAACUGUUUAAACAAUUUUAACUUCCUAAGUAAUAAAAGUGUUAAAUAAUCUCAAAUCUACAAUAUAAUCUUCAUUUUCAGAACUUGGGUAUUGGAACUGUUGAUAAAUUAUUUUUAAAAUUCCCACAUUCGUGGUGGCCAGAAAAAACUACAGGAUUUAGUUUUUUAUGGUCUGAUGAUGACCGUGAAAAAUUUAUAAAAGACAAUAAAGUAUGUAAUUAUAAUUAACACUAGAAUAUUUUGAGAUUUAUUUUUGUAUUAUGAACGAUUAGUUUUGAAUUUAAAAUUUUUACUUGUAUUACAUAAUAUAUAGAGAUUUAGCUAUAAGAUACCUUAAUAUUUUUCUUCACAUUCCCCUUCAACCCAAAUAUUUGGGGUCGGCCACCCUCGUUCUAAACUUUCACUUGAUUCAAUCUCCCACCUCGUAUACACUAGCUGUUAUGAUAUCAUUAUCAAACACAUGCACCUAUCUCUUACGGUCUUCUUCCUCACUUUCAUAAUAAGUUUAUAUUAAUUAUAAUUCUUACUACUUCAGAUUUUUCUCUUCCUAUGAUAUACUCAAACCAUCUCAGUCUAUUUUCUCUCAUUUUUCUAUUAAGCCCCAGAAAAUAACCCUUGGCUAAACUACCUAAUUCUGUUUCUUGGAAAUCUAUAAAAAAAAAAUAUAAAAUAGAAGCCAGUACAUUUUUUUCCCUGGGUAUUUUUCAUAUCUCUGAUGAUUAAAAAAUAUUGUGGGCCAUGUGUCAAACCAUACUAAUGUACUAUUUUGGAUAAAGAAUAAAUUGCUUUAAUAAAUUUGGUGAAAUUGGUUAAAGUUUUUAGUGCCAUUUUGAACUGUACUAUUUCCAAAAACACUAAACUUUUUAUUUUUAAUAAAAAAUUAUUCGAGUCAUAUUUUCACCACUUGAGAAUUUAAAUUAUUUAAGUCAUAUAUUUUAUAAUAUCAAUGUGAUGCAAUUCUUAUUUUAUAAUAUAAAUAAUGAGUUUGUAUUUUCUAUUUAUAUUAUAUCUUAUAAUAUAUACCUAUGUACAAAUCUUUAAUAGAGACGCGGUUGGGAUUAUCUAUGUGAUGUAUUUGGAUUCUAUAUUUGUGAUAAUUGUCCAAAUACACUCCUUGGUUGGAUAGUUGGCCCAGCUGCAAGAAACAUGGAACGCAAAUCUAUUGAUGAAAUAAAAAUUGGUUUGAUGUACUUAUUGAAUAAGUUUUUAGGAGACAAAUUUACUAUACCAUCACCUGAUUUAGUAACUAGGUAAAAUAUGCAUAUUAUAAGUUAUAUACAGUUUUAUUAAUUUUAAACCAAUUUUAUGUAUCAUUGUUAUUUUUAAUUAUGUACUCAAAUAAAUAUUAAUUCAUUUCAUUAUUAAUAUACAAUAUAUUUAAAAUAUGUUACAUAAAGAGUCCAGAAUUGUACAUUUUGCAAUAUGUACAGUUAAAGUACACAAAAUUUAAAAAUAAUAUUUUAACCAAUAUCAUACAGUUUUUUACAAAAAAAAUCAUUAUCACUCAAUUUUUUUUUUUUCAAAGGAUCUAGAAAAUUCACAUAGUAAUAUAUAUAAUAUUCAUAUUACCAAACAAAAAAAUAAAUAAAUAUAAAUUCAUCUAGUUUACCUAGUACCUAUAAUUAUAAAAUAAUAAAAGCAUAGUAAAAAAAUCACAUGCUCACCAAUACAAAAUCAUACAAUUUUCAUAUAAAAAAUAUUAUAAAACUACAUAUUACUAAAAUCAAAUAUAAUACACUAAUCUGUAUUAAAGCCUGUUCAAGUUACAUUUCUGAAUGACAGUAUCCUAAAGCUGUUUAAAUAAACUUAAUCAUUUUUAUUGUAUUAUAUCUUUACCAGUAUGUAAGAUAUAGUUGAAACAAAACUCAUAAGAGACAAUAAUAUAAAUAUAAAAGGUAUAUAAUAUUUAUUAGGAAAAUACUUUUGAGAAAUAACUGUUAUUAUAGUUUCACGUAUUUUCUAUUUUAUGUUGCAAUAUGUACAGUGAUUGUUGUACACAUCGCGAAUUGUAUACUGUAACUUGUACAAUGUAGUUACUAUGUACAGCAACAUUGUACAGUUCGCAAUAUGUACAAAAAUUACUGUACACAUUGCAAAAUGUACAAUUCCGGACUUUGUAUGUAACAUAUCUAUAUAUAUAUAUAUAGUUAUGUGUUUUAAUAUUUUAGAUCACAAUGGGGUACAAAUAGUCACUUCUAUGGUUCGUAUUCUUUUCAUUCUAUGAACACAGAUAAAGAAGGAAGAGCUAAUAGUCAAUUAGCGAAACCUUUAACAAACUCAAGUGGACAAAAUGUGUGUUAUCAAUAAAAAUGUCUACAUUGAAUUAUUGUUAAAGAAUAAUUUUUCAUGUAUAUUAUUUAUUUAUUUAGUCUUUGCUGUUUGGUGGUGAAGCUACUCAUAGUUGUUACUUUUCUACUGUCCACGGAGCCAUUGAAACUGGUUGGCGAGAAGCUGAUAGAAUAUUAGAACAAUUUAAAGAAUAAAAAUUAAACAUUAUUUGUUAAACACAGUAAAUCAAAUCACUAAAAUAAUAUACAUUUUAUUUUAUUGUCUUGAUAAUUUAUUAGAUAUAAUAAUUAUUUUAAUAUAUUUGUGUUGAUUAUAAUACAUUUUAUAUUCAUUUAUACACUUUUGAAUUAAUUACCUUUGAUUAUUAUUGUUAAUUUUUUUAUUAAUGAAUGUAUAAUUUUCCAAACAAAUUAAUCUGAUAAUAUUUUAUCUGAUGGAUUUAACUUCUUUAAGUUUUCAAUUUGCAAAUUUAUUUUUGUCAAGAUCCAUUCGUAUAUUGGGCUUGCAAAGUCAUGUAGCAUAAUUAUUAAAUUCUUUAUAAUUUUAUACCCAUUUAGAACAUUUGCCGUAUCGUGAACUCCACCAUCACUGUUAAUGUUAUCAUUCUUAUUAUCAAUAAGACCUUUUUCAAAACUAUUAGAGGAGUUCUCAGAUUCACUGGUACCGUUUUCUGUUAAGUUUUCUUCAUCAUCAAAUUCUUGUGACACCUUAAAAUAUUUACCACUAGGUACAGAUUUAUUGACUUGGACUUGGUUAAUUUUAUUGCUUAGUGUUGUAAUCUUUAUUGGGGCACUUUGAUUAUGUUCUUUUUCUUUUUUCUCAGCUUCUUCAUUUUCUUCUUCUUCUUCUUCUUCUUCUUCCUCUUCUUCCUCUUCCUCUUCUUCCUCUUCUUUUUCUUGUUUUCCCUUUACUUCUUUUACUUUUUCCUUCUCUACUGCUUCUUUUUCUUUAUUUCCUUUUAUUUUUUCUUCUUUUUUUACUUCUGUCUCUAUUUCUUCAUCAUUAUUUUCUUCUUUUUCUCCCUCCUCCUCCUCCUCCUCCUCCUCCUCCUCCUCCUCCUCCUCUUCUUCUUCUUCUUCUUUCUCUAUGGUUUCUUUUUCUUGAACACUAGGAGAUAAAUUUUGAACUUGUUGAUUACUAUUUCCCUAUAUAUAUAUAAAUAAAAAAAACAGUAUUAAUUUAUUUAAAAUAAAUUUAUUGUAGGUUCCUAAAACUUACUAUUUUAUUACUCUGUUGAACUGUAGUAACUGUACGGGGUUUAUUUGUGAUUAUUGCAUCAUUUUUAUUUAUAGGUUCCCUUUGAUUUGCAAUAGGCUGUUGUAUUUUACUUAGUAAUGUAAGAACUGUUGGAUUUACAUUUUUUUGUUGAGAAUCAGCUGACUGUU